UCGAUGAGAACUCCACGCAGGGAGGACGAGGACGUCUUCCGGCCCUCCCCCGCCGUCUUCUCGGCGGCUCGCUUGUGUGCAUCUCUGUGAACUGUGUCGCUCGCUCGAACUUCAUGGCGGAUCGAACGGCGUUGGAUUGAGGCAGCAGCUGCGGUGGUGAGGAAUGGCAGCAGGGUCGCUGCUGCGGCUAGCCGUGGCUGCGGCUUUGGCCACGGCCCUUGCAGCAGCCAGUGGGGAGGUACGGCGGCAAUGGGGUGUACCAGAUACGAGCGUCGUUGUGGGUCGUCUCUUCAAUUUCUCAAUUCCGGCAGACGCUUUCCAGGGACAUGUCUCCAAGCUUGAGGUGGUGGAGGCAGGCGAGCAUCAGCUGCCGUCUUGGCUGUCACUGGUGCAAGAGGAAGACGGCGGUGCGCCACCACGUCUGGUGGGCGUGCCCCUGCAAGCGGAUGUGGGUCCCCACUACUUGGCUGUCAAAGCCAUUGGAGGCACCCACGGUGAAUCACAAGCCCAGGACGUCUUCUCGGUGGAAGUUCUCGAUGAAGAACGAGUCGCGACACGAGGUCCCUGCGGGUCAGGCGACCCCGUGGCUGUGGCCGUGCUCACAGUCGAUGCCGAUGCCAACCGUGCAUCUCCACAGGCGCGAGCUAGGCUGCUGUCUGGUUUGGCCAAAUUUCUCGGCUUUUCUACCAAUGAAGUAACCCUCUCCCCAAUGGCUCCAGGCGAGCCGGCUUACGAUGAGGCAGCUCUUCUGGCUGGAGCUGGUGACAGCCGACAACGCCACACACAGGGUCUUCGACUACGGUGGCGCGUGGGUUGCAGUAGUGACGUCGAAGCAGCUCACGCAGCUGCCUUGGCCCGACUGGAGACUGCAGCGAGAGACGGUACUUUGGCGAGACUCCUCGAACACCCCGUCGUCGGCUGGCACGUAUCAAGUGUGCAGGCACGACAAACGCGAGCCCAUGCCAACCAUGUUGCUGGCACUCCGCUUCUUCCUGCUGUGCUUCCUACCAUGAUCAGCAGCAGCAGCAUGGAAGUGAGUGAGCAACCCAUUGCAACACCUGAAACACGCAUCGUGCCCACAAUGGCAUCGCCCAUGAUGGGCGGACCUUCUUCCCACGCCCACCGUCAUCACCAUGGUGACCAUGCUAGGCAUGGGGUCGUUGCCCCAUCGCCCACGCUUUCCAUGGUGACCCUGCCCACAGCACUUCCAUCGGGACACACACCACCACUGCCGCCAAUGCGGCCAACACGCACUGUGACUGGCUGGGAGGCGAGUGGUAUUCUGGAGGCAACCCCAACUUUUGGUCCUGGCAUUGUGGAACCCACGAGUCGGCUACCCGAGCCAUCGCUAAGCCCACCAAUUCAGCCAACUGUGACCAGAAAGCCCGGUAACUCACGGCCCAUGCUGAACAAGCGUCUCCAGAAGCUGGUUGUUACAGCUGGCAAGGUGUGGAGCUACCAGAUCCCAGAAGAUGCCUUCCAUGACGCGGAGGAUGGUGACACACGCAAUUUGAAGCUCAUGUUUGUCACCUCAGCAGGUACAGCCAUCGAACCCCGUUCGUGGAUCCAGUUUGACCCCGAGAAACAGACGCUAUCAGCUUUGCCACUGGACGACAACAUCGGCAAGUACACCUUCAUCUUGGAAGCCAUGGAUGCUGAAGGAGACACUGUGCAGGACAUGGUUGAGAUCAAUGUAUGGCAGCAUACCGGUGCACGAGCAGUCCACCAUAAGUUCAAUGCCACUCUUAAACCCAAACGCUGGGAGUACGUCAACAGUCUGGACUGGCAGAUUGCUGCCGUGCGCCGGCUCGCGAAGUUCUUUGGCGAUCCUGAUGAAUCCCAGAUUACCGUGCUGGCAGCAACUAGCGAUCCUUUCACACUUGCAUGGACCAAUGAUUCGUUGCCCAAGCACCCUUGCCCUCGUGAACAACUGGAAGCACUGCACGAUCGGAUGGUUGACAAGACUGGAGGGCCAUCGCCAGCUUUCAAGAAGGCUCUAGGGAAUCUCAAACUCCAGUCUGUUCACGUGGAAUACUCUGGUGUCUGCCAGCCACCAGCGUCUUCUGCGCCUCCUCUUGAAAACCAAGCACCCACUAGACGCAACCCCAUUGGCCAGAUCAAUGCCACUGUGGGAGAGAUCUUGCGUUUCAUCAUUCCUGAUGACACCUUUUAUGACUAUGAGGAUGGUUCCACUCGGUAUUUGGCAUUGAGCUUCCUUUCUGCUGAUGGGCUGCAACUGCCGCAGUCCUCUUGGAUACAGUUCAACCCACGGACACAGGAGCUGUAUGGCCUGCCCUUGGACGUUGACAUUCCGAGGCACGAGUUCCAAAUGGUUGCCCAAGACAACGCUGGUGCGACAGUCACAGAUGUCUUUGUUGUUCUAGUGCAGCCUCGUGCACAAAUGAAGUGGGCCGUUGAGUUCAGCCUGCACUUAAAAGAGGACUUCGAAGCAUUCAGCCGCAACAUCAGCCGCAAGGUCUUAGUGGCCUGGAAGCUGGCACAGUUGUAUGGUGACCCUGACCCAAGGUUCAUUACAGUCAACACCAUCAGCCAAGGCUCAGUCGUGUAUGCCUGGACCAAUAACACACUUCGUUAUGAACCAUGUCCAACAGAAACCAUCCUUCAGCUCAUGCGACGUCUGGUACAUGACAACCAGACACUGACACAGCGGCUGAUAGACGAAAUGCGCCCGGAGUUCCAUGUGCUUAAGGCAGACACGAUGCCUCUGGGUCUGUGCAUGGACAAAGGCCUUCCACCCACUGUCAGUGUGGGAGCGGGAACAGCAGCUGCACCCACUGCACCGCCUCCUGGAGAGACGAUUCCACCAGCCGACGAUGAUGAUGUGUACAUAACUACCAUCAUUCCGGCAGCCGUGAUUGCAGCAAUGCUUCUGUUGGCUGCACUCAUUGCCUGCCUUCUGUACCGUAAAAAGCGCAAAGGGAAGCUCAGCAUGCAAGACAGCAGUACGUUCAUCAAUAAGGGCAUACCCAUCAUAUUUGCUGACGAACUGGAAGACAAGCCGGAUCCAGCCAAGCCGCCGGUUAUAAUGAAAGAAGAGCGACCUCCCCUACCACCUCCCGAGUACCCACGUGGGGCCACACCCCAGACGGGACGCCGUGCCAUCACCCCUCGCGGAGUUGACAUCGCAGACAGUGCUGCACCUUACCAGCACCCAACGCCACCAUUUGCAUCGGGACGCGCUGACCGAAGGCCCAAGGCUGCACCAACCUACAGGCAGCCGCCGCCUUAUGUCCCGCCUUAGUACUAGACUAUCUCUCUCUCAAAGCGUGACCGAGCCUGUACUCCUGUCCAGCUUAGGUCGGACUGAGGCAGAAGCGUGAGAUGUGACCACCAGUUCGGUUUGUGAGCUUUCCACACGUGAAGACAAGUGAAGCCAAGCAGAUAAAAUAUGUUAUUUGCUUGUCUUUGUUGCUAUUGAGUGAAAGAUUGCAAGGGUGGCAUAGACUGUAGGCAGACAUAUGUAAACGUUUUCAGUCUCGAAUGAAAGCUGUGCCUGUCAAUGUGAGCAUCGACUUGGUGGUUAGCAGUCUCAGAGCUGAGAUGAGGUGUGAGUGCACUAGCUGGUUGCAAAGGCCCAGCUUAGAUGAGACCAACAUCUUGCACAAGGAGGGCACCAUUUUGCCAUGAAAAAAUUUUCAGACGUGCCAUCAAAAUGAGGAGAAACACAGCUGACAGCUCAGGAAAUUUGGUUGUCCUUGCUGACACUGUAAGGAAUUUGGAUUCAUUACCUCACUCCAUUAAUGGAGUGAGGCACUCGGUGGCGAUACGUAGCUGUUAUAUUGAGUAUAUUCACACCGCUGACAAAACAUGGUGAUCAAAGAGAAUGGCACCUUGCAUGUGUCCCUAACUGUGAAGUCUUAGUUUUUCUCUCUUCGAGCUGACAUGCUCAAAGAAAUUGACGCUACACCACCAAUACAGUCAAGCGCUGAAACUUCGGGAGCACAGGCAGCUUAUCGAGGUAGACAUCCCACGAGUUUCAGUGCGAGCAGUUCGUCGUGGUGGUUUCCUCAACAGCUGCCACAGUCCAAGCUGAGCUGAAACAGGAGCAUGGCUUGUUGUGCAGAUGUGUCUACCACACUUUACAGGAAAUUGGAAGAGUGAGGAGAUAGAAACAAAAUUACACUUGCCCGGUUCUGUCCCCUAAGACUCUAGCCUCGUCGUCCCAUUCUCCCGUGUGGUGUUUCUUCCCCACAUUUUCGUUCCACCCUGCAAGAUGUGUUGUUCGUACCCAUGUCCAUCAACCGGGUCAUCGCAGAGUGUGUCUCGCAAAGCCUUCAAGUGCAUUCUCCUGUUGCCGUUCUCCUCCCUCUGUGUCUCUUCUAUGAAAGCAAUGGUGACUUCUUCAGAAAAAAAAAUGACUUGCCACCUGAUCAAGGACACGCAGCAGGUGUUCAGUCUGUAUUUUCUCUCUUCUGUGUGCAUCGUGUGUCAGCAAAAUGACAGCUCUGAACAUUGAAGUACUUGCAGUCAUUGACGUGCUUUCCAGUGCUAAGACUUUUGAUUUCAUUUGUUCUUUGAGAGUGAUGUAGGCAUUCGUCACAUGUGUCGCAUUCUUGUGUAAGCCCUUCUGAAAAGGCACGCUGUGGAGAUGAAAGCCAACACAUCGCUAUUCUAGGAGAGGGAAUGAUCAAAAGAUUUCUUUUGUCCAACUUAAACACUGUGCACUUGGCAGCAGAUAUAUAAUAUACCCUUUUCCUAAUGUGCAAGUAAGCUUCUCAGCAUUGGUCAUUUGCCCAACAAAUCGUGACAUUACAAAUAAGAGAACUAAAUGUUGGGCUGUUUGGCCUUUUUUUGACCCGCAGUGGUAGCUCAGCAGGUGAGGUGUCGCGGUGCUAAACUCGAGGGUGCGGGCUCGAUUGCCAGCCACGGUGGUGGCAUUUCGAUCGAGGCGAAAUGCAGAACACCUGUGUACUUAGAUUUAGUUGCACGUUAAACAACACCAGGUUGUUGAAAUUAAUCCGGAGUCCCUCACUGAAGUGUGCUUCAUAAUCAUAUCAUGGCUUUGGCAUGUAAAACACCAUCAAGUAUGAUAUUAUUGGUCUUUAUUCAACUGCGCUGGUGAAGUUAGAAGAUGGAUGGUGGCAUUGUUCAGGGUUCAAAUAAACAAAGAAGUGCAAGCCGUAACUGGUAGGACUUGUGUCGCAAAUUUUUCCAUCGUGGUUCUGCUGUCAAGAUUUGUUUAUUAUUAUUAUUUUUUCAUAAUGUGAGCAAACUGCAUGAUUAUGCCACAAUUAGUUCGGCAGAGUGCCAUUGAGAAGUCUUGCUUUACUGUUAUGAAAAGGGCCCAUGUGUCCGGUUUUGCUCACCCUUUUGCGGCACUUGCACGGGAUGACAUGGCAGCCUCUUGAAUCUUUGCACAAGUUUUCAUUGUGCUUCAUGCAUUGUGUGGACCAGGUGCUGAUGCAUCAGGGAGUCUAGUUGUGUUCAUCAUUAAUAUAUAUAUUAUAUAUUAUGUAUACAUAUAUCUUUGUCCUCAAUUUGUACAUGGGCAGGGCCCUUCAUGCUUUUGUGUCUUAUGUACUUGUGUGGUGCAACGUAAGCCUACACAUUAACCAGCUUUUUACGAGCGCCUGGAAGCACUUUUUUUGCUCACUAACAAAUGUCUAGCCAGUAUGGAACCGCCGUUACAUCAUCACAUUCGCCACUGUAGUAUAUCGCAUUCGGUGACUCUUGAAAAAUGUGUACUGUUCAAACUGUUGUGUCACAUGCCAGGCAAGGUGGGUCAUGGAUUGGGUCUCACAAGGGGCGUUGCUCGUCAUUGCUGCCACAUACACUUGCAGGGAACCUUCAGCAUUUGCUGAUGUAUGGCAUUUUAUGAGACCCCUUUGGUGGCAUUUACACUGUCAAGUGGCGGUGACACAGCACUCUGUUAAUGACUUAAUGCCUUAGCACAGAGUAUCCUAAUCCCAGUGAUGAAUAGCCAUGACAUUUUUGUAACCUCUCGCCUACAGUGGUGAUAUACAUAUUUUAGUUUUGUGGAAUUGUUGUGCAUGUUGACACCCUACUUUAGGUGUUUUUUUUAUUCAGGAAUGUUAACAGGUGCCACGUGUUAACAGUGGACCUGUCAUCACGGUGCAACAGCUAAGUCAUUCCUACAUUGCAAGAUUCAUUCCGCUUCGCUGUGAAGGAUAAAAAAAGUGGGUUGAAAGUAGCUUGUCCAGUGAAACUUUGUACGUGGCAACAAAACCUCGAUAGCUAAAUUAGUUCAAUGAUAACGGUGUCCUUUUCCGAAUGGGGUGAUGCUUUUAGCCUAUCAAGAGCAGUCUGCAAAGGGCUUGCACAUGCAGCAGAAUUUAUCAUAAGCCUUUGUUCGCAGGCCCUUUAUUCUUGGCUGCGCUUGAGCUUUGUGUUGCAUAGAACUGCAGUAGAUGCGCUGAAGGCUAGGCAAUAUUCAAGGUUGGUAUUUUCACUUUUGUAAUACGUGGCAUCUUGCUCAAGUAGCAGGCAUUCUGACUACUUGUUUGGUUGAUCAGCAGAAUGCUAAAGGUGAUGUCCUUAGUAAAUGUAUUCAGUCAAGAAUACAACCCAAGUGCUGUUCAUUACCACCUUGUAGCAGAGGGACAUUGUUGCUUCUGUGCAUUUUGCUGUUUCUUAAUUGUGUGUGUCGUGGAGUCUCUAGACAGUGCUUUUUUUAUGUGGUUCAGUUGCUUGUGCAUUGGGUUUAGGUUGUGUUCUCCGGUGGGCAGGAUGUUUUAUUUACGUAUGUGUGGAUAGAUGAAGUGAACGGGAAUGCAUGGGAAUGCCUGCUAUCAGAAAGCCUGGCAGUACAGAAUUGCCAAAGAUCAAGCACUGCCUCCUGAUGUGCACUGAAUUAUUUGUUUCUGCAUUGUUGUGCAACAUGUGGCUGCCCGUGCUUUGGCAGGCUGGCAGCGGGAGCUGUGCAUUGGUAUGGGCGGCUUACAAUCAUCCUAAGUCAGUAUAAUGUAACUCAUAGAGUUUCACGUCAAUAAAUGUGUUGACUUUUGAAA